UUGAAAACCAAAAAUAAUGUGGAAACUGCAAGUGCUAUAUACAAAUAUCAAUAUCGUAAAUUUUUGGAUUGGCUGAACGAGAAAAUAUGAUGUGCGAUAAAUCGAGAAUUUACUUGAAUAAUGACACUCAAGAAAUUACCAACAUGUGCCACUCAUUAGUAUCGAAGAAAGAAAAUAACCGCAAAACCUUUUCCAUAGAUGAUAUAUUGGGAAUAUCGACAGACAUAAGUAUGAAAGGAAAUAGUCAUUGUUCAAUGUGCAGCAAAAGACACACUUUAGAAGGAUUAUCACAAAACGUGUGCGAUAAUGAAUCAUUGGAGAUAUGUUUGCCAAAUAGGUCAAAUAUUACAAGGUGCUGCGUUAGCUCAAAAGAUGUGUCAAAUGUUACACAUCCUGGAUGGAUGCAUAUUCAGUCUGGUUCUAAUCGACAUAUCUACGAUGUUGGUGUCCAACACGAUUCAUGUUAUAAGGUUGGAGUUAAACGACGAAGGCAAGGAACUGAUCGUAAACCUCGACAAGCAUACAGCGCCAAACAGUUAGAAAGGCUAGAAAGCGAAUUCAAGCAGGACAAAUAUUUGUCCGUCAGCAAACGCCUCGAAUUAUCAAAGUAUUUAAACCUGACCGAAGUACAGAUCAAAACAUGGUUUCAAAACCGACGGACUAAGUGGAAAAAACAACUAACUUCUAGAUUGAAAAUAGCUCACCGACAAUCUUUAUUUACUACACAGUAUAUCAACGCAAAUUUUCCCUUCAUGUCUUCAACAUUGGCUCAAGCAUCUCUUCUAAAUUUUAAUGUGGCGAAAAUGACUGACAAGUGCAACGAAAAGCUAUAUUUGCAAUAAUGU